UAAAUGCAGUUCAGAAUCUAUUAUCAGCGCACUAUCUACACUAAUCUUAUCAUACCAAACAUUCACGGAAACCUGUCCCUUAAAAGACAGCGCUCAAAAGUUGUGGAAGCUCACAUUACAGCCGACCGCGUAUGUUGAUAGUGUUUGUCCCAAAAAUGGACCAACUGGUGCUCCAGGUUUACAACACGAACCAUCUUUCCCGUGGAACGGCGUUGAUCAUUGCUGAUCAACAGGACCGGCCAGGAUCCGAAAAGGAUCUGGCAGCUGUGGUGGACGUUUUCAAGGGACUAAAAUUUAAGUUGCGAAUGUGCGUCGAUAAAACAAUACAGCAGCUAAGAACCCUGCUCAGUACGGUUGCCAGUGAGGAUCACAAGGACAGUGACUGUCUGCUGCUGGUGGCGAUGGGCCACGGAAGUAAGGAUAAACUCAGAAUCCAAGGACGUGAAAUUUACAUCGAAGAUCUGUGGAUCGAUUUUAUCGGAAGCAAUUGCCCGUCCUUAAUCGGAAAGCCAAAGCUCGUCUUCAUUCAAUGCUGCAGAGGCACAGAUCAUGACACUGGAGCUCGCGUCGUCCAAACGGAUGCCACACUGAACGUAGCAGAAGCGGUAAAUGUUUGCGUACCUAUGCAUGCCGAUCUGCUGGUGAUGUACUCGUCGGUCGAAAAUCACGUGUCGUACCGCAGCGAGGAGGAAGGUAGUUGGUUCAUAAAGUACCUGUGCCAAGUGUUACGCAGCAAUAUUGCUGAAACAGACUUACUUUCGUUGUUAACGCACGUGUCGUAUCUGGUGGCAUGCCGUUCGACACCGUCGAACAAAGGACCUUUGAAACAAAUGCCUGUUAUCCAUUCAAUGUUAUCGAAACAAUUUUACCUGGUGCCCAAGUAGCUUUAUUAUGCUUUAUUGUUUAAGAGCCACAAGGUUAGAAAAUGAAUAAACCGGAUUGAAUAUCCUCUCACCCCCGUC